AGGUGGUUCAGUCUAUCUGAAUCUGUGCGGGAGGGAACCUGCACAUCUAUUUCUUAACAAGGUUUUUGCUUUGAAGACAAGGACGCAGAUAACAACAUUAGGAGACAGCUUUUGCAAGACGAUCUGAUCCAAGAUGGCGUUCAAAAUUCUGGCCUUCGCAAUGUUGGCUACAAUCAGCUUCCCGGCUUCAAUAAGAGGAUACAAUCUAGCUGAUUUGAUGUGCUCGGAAUGUGAUUGCAGCCCCCCGCAAAUCAGGCCUAUUCUCUUUGAGAACGGUGUUGCGGUGGACACCCAACCGAUAGAAACGUCUGUGCUCAUCCCAGUCUACCAGACCGUUGGCUCCUAUCAAUCAGUCUGCUACUGUCUGUGCGGGAAAAAGCUGGGAGAACCGUGCAACGAUCGCUACGACUGUCAGGAAGGCUUGUUUUGUACGGACCGUUUUCACAAGGACGCGCAAGGCAAAUGCCGAGGAAAAUGCGGUAAGGAUCCCUAUUUCAAGGAAUGCAAGCUGUACGAACGCUGCGUGCUGACUCGGGACGGUUCCCCGAGCUGUGAGAGAAUGGUGAAGCAUUGUAAAGAAAAUCUCUACUUUCCCGUCUGUGCAACCAACGGGGAACGCAACGUGACGUUUACCAACAGGUGUUUCAUGGAGCUUCAUAACAUCGAACUUCGAGACACAGACGUGACCGAAUACAGGCAUCAAACAAAAGGAGCUUGUCCAGGAGAUGCUGGGAGAUUCAUCAUGGGAGCCCCGGCUACUUAAACGGUGAACGUUCGGCAUGAUCUAGGAAACAGGGACUUUUAGAUUCGCACAAAGACAAUGGGGAUUGCUACGGUCGACGUCC